GUGAUUCUAUUUUCGGUCUCCGUGUCGACACUCCCGGGAACACGUACGGUGACACAGGACAACUGACUAAGCUCCGCCGUUUGUGGAUCGCUAAGGGCCGGGAGAAUCGUGCUUUGUGAGCCCUGAGAGGAUACGCUUUCUAGAGUCCCUGUUCUAGAUUUUGGGUGUGUCAAACCUUGAUGGGAUCUGCCAGAAACCAGGCAGUAGGAAUGGGAGACCACCCUAUCAACCGUGCUGACAUUACAGUGGUGCCCAAUUUCAUCACAAAUGAAGAUUUGGCACAAUCAAUCUGUCACAUGCUAAACAGGGAUUUGAAGAAGAUAUCUAACAAUGAAGAUCAACCUUUGACAGCUCAUGGUCCAAAAUUCCUGGUGUAUCGACCAUCUGGUAGAGCAGGAGAUGAAUUUAAGGAACAUGUAUCAAGGCAUCUGAUGAAUCAAAUUGGUGUCAAGACAUACUUGAUCAUUGCAUCCAGUACUAAACCUGCAGACCAGUUCAGCAUUAGUAAAGAUGAUCAGGACAAGCUUCAGGACAAACAGACGAAACUUGUGAUUGACGAAGGAAGACUUGUCAACAAAAAUGAAAGCUAUUAUCAUUCCAACCGUACUGAACUCUGGAAACUGGCUGAAGACAUUUUUCAGAAGUACAAAAAUGAUCAGCUCAGUCCUCAGACCUUCCUAGGGAUGAAAUGGAGGAAAUGGAAUCCAUUUGGAGAGAACACAUUUUUCAAGGGGAACGCCACAAAAAGCAGCGAAACCUCAAGAUACACCUUGGAUGCUUUGUUCAAAGCACUAACUUCAGGUAAGACGCUGGCGGACAACCUUGAAGAAGAAACUGUGCAGCGGAUGCGGAAGAUUCUGGAAGACAUCAAUACAAACGUCGAUAAAAAAAUGAUAGAAAUUAUUCCAAUUCUCCAGCAAUACAUGGAUCAUAUAAUGGGGAGCCCAAAGAAACCACAAAAAGAACCUGCUCGAAAUCAAGACCAAGCUCCAGGUCCAGGUGCAGCUCUUGUUCCCGCUCCAGCCAAGGCUCAAGCUCAAGCUCAAGCACUAAAUCCAGAUCCUCCUGUUCCUCCUACAGAUCUUGCUCCUUCACCAGAUCAUGAUCACACUCCAAUUCAAGAUCAAUAUACAGAUCCUGCGUCUUCUCCAGGUUAUGAUCAUGCUCCAACUUAUGAUCCUCCUACAUAUCCUGCUCCUUCUCCAGGUUAUGAUCAUACUCCAACUCAUGAUCCUCCUACAUAUCCUGCUCCUUCUCCAGAUUAUGAUCAUACUCCAACUUAUGAUCCUCCUACAUAUCCUGCUCCUUCUCCAGAUUGUGAUCAUGCUCCAACUCAUGCUCCUGUUACAGACCCUGCUCCUUCUCCAGAUUUUGAUCAUAUCAAGAUCCACCUACAGACCCUGCUCCUUCUCAAGAUUAUGAUCAUACUCCAACUCAUGAUCCUGCUAUAUAUCCUGGUACUUCUCUAGGUUAUAAUCAUACUCCAACACAUGAUCCUGCUACAGACCCUGCUUCUUCUCCAGGUUUUGAUCAUCUCCACCUCAUGAUCCUGCUACAGAUCCUGCUUCUUCUCCAGGUUUUGAUCAUACUCCACCUCAUGAUCCUGCUAUAUAUCCUGGUCCUUCUCCAGAUUUUGAUCAUGCUCUAACUCAUGAUCCUGCUACAGACCCUGCUUCUUCUCCAGGUUUUGAUCAUGCUCCAUCUAAUGAUCCUCCCACAGAUGCUGCUCCUUCUCAAGAUUGUGAUCAUACUCCAACUCAUGCUCCUCCCACAUAUCCUGGUCCUCCAGAUUGUGAUUAUACUCCAACUCAUGAUCCUGCUACAGACCCUGCUCAUGCUCUAAAUCUGCCUCCUGCUGUUCCAACAACAAUUCAUGCCACACAGACAGAGGAACAAACACAAGAACUUCCACCAGGAUCACCAUCAGAAAAGAAAUCCUCAAAGGACAUUGGGACAAUUCAGACAGUGUAAUUUGGAGCUGUCGUCUCCUUUGGUAACACCUGUGACAGUCUGUAUUAUGUUUGAACUGCCAGUAAUGCCGUCAUGCCCAAUACAUCAGAAACUUUCCAGGCACUCAAGGUGUCCACUGAACCCCUAUCAAUAGAUCCAUUAACAUCAUACAAUUAAAUUGCAGGAGCAGCUUUAAUCAGGUACAAUCAUUUGCACAGUAUUCUAACCCAUAAGCAUUUGAUUAACAAGAAACGUGCCUCGACAUAUUGAUAAAUUUGACGUAUGAUGAAACAUGGAACAAUGUCAUCUUUAGACAUCUGCAUGAAUUUGGUUUGAGAGGCCAUUUGCCUUAUUUCAUAUCACAGUUGUUAACAGACAAUUUCACGUUCGAGUCAGUGGAACUACCCCAAGGAAAGAGUCACACUCAGUGUGUAUGUUGAACUGGAACAUAGCUUGCAUACAUAUCUAAAACUAAUCUACUGCUGCAUGGUGUCAUGCUAAAUGCUUAUGCAGCUUCCAUUAUUUAUAAUUAGAAGCAAAAUCCAAAAUUUCAACAAUAAAACUUGCCAUUUAUCAUGCUUUAUUUUUAGCUGAUUUUGUACUGCAUCCAAAUUUGAUGUGAAUAUUUGCAAAUGAGUGUACUUUGAUUCUUACGUUCUGUGCAAAGUGCCUCACGUUUGAACCCAGUGGACUGUCCAGAGAGACAUUACCACAUGGAGAAGAUAUUGUGCUGUCAGAGCGGGAACCAGUCGUCAUAUAAUCUGUUUGCUGAUGUCCAUGUCUGUUUGGUAAACACUUGGCACCGCCAUUGGGGAUAGGUUAUAGGAAAUGAACUUUGUAUUAAAGAUGACUUUUGUGUCGGACUGUGAGCUGGAAUAUAAAAUGGACUGCACAGCAAGAUGGGAAAUGUGUGUGUGUACCUGAGUCAAGGUGAUAUUUAGCCAUCUAUACAUUUAUGUUACCAUUUUUUUCUCAUGUUUGUUUGAAAUGUUCUCAUAAUUAUGUGGUAAGUUUGUUCAUUUUGAAAGACUGUCCUGGCCUUGCUCCUUGAGGUCACCGGACUUGCUUUGGGUGUUACGUUAAUGAUAAGAAUGUAAUGUAUUGACUGUAUGCAGUAUUGAAUAUGUUUGUGUGCCUUCGUGUAACAUUCUGCAAAUAUACAUUCCGUAAGCCACCUGCGGCACACUGUCGCAUUUUCGAGUUCAUAUAUCCAUAUGUAAGUAAUAAACGUUGAUGCAGGA